UGUCACAUGACCUGUCAAGUAGGAAGUGUCUAGUUAGCCCUCGAGCACACAAGCGCAAGACGAAGCAAGCCCAGAAAUCACCGCCGUCUCAGUGUCGUCGUUUCUCCUGGAGAUUGAUACAUUUAACCGGUUCGAAUUAAAAGCACUAAAUUAGUCGGCCGCAGUUAUGGACGCGAAGGUGUUUUUUUUCGCCGCAGCCUUGGCUUUGAUUGGCGCAUCUGCCUCGUCAGACACAGAUGGAUGUCUCAACGUCACAUGUGCUUCUUGUGAAAGCACGAUCGACUGCCGGUGGGUCAUCUGCAAUUCAUCAAUACCUGCUUGCCGCAAUAUUACUCUUGUGGAAGCAUCAAAUGACACCUGUAGCAAUACCAGCUGCUCCGCUUUUUUGACAUCAACUGUCCAGACUUCCAAUACUCCGUCUGUUGCCCCUACCACCGCAAUCCCCCCCACCCCUGUCGUCACCGUCUCUAUCAGCAGCAGCCCUCUGCCCACCACAGAGAUCACAGCCAAUAUCACCACUGCUGCUCCAACACCCAGUGUUAACACCUCUACCACCAUCGCCACUACCACUACCACUAUCAACGCGACCACUGCAUUUAUUAAUUCCAGCACGAUACAAACUAGCGUCGCCCCGGUGACAUCUUCUCCCGCUCCCCACAAGAACUCAACCUUCGACGCCGCCAGCUUCAUCGGGGGCAUCGUGCUGGUGCUGGGCCUCCAGGCGGUCAUCUUCUUCCUGUACAAGUUCUGCAAAUCCAAGGACCGCAACUACCACACCCUCUGAAAGCACACCGCUCAUUCAAUGUCUACAAGCUCUCAGCUAAUAUUACCCCACAAAGCAAAUCAUUCCCAUACCAUUCACCCUUGCCGUGAUGGACUCAAACAGUGUUUCCAAACGCCCACAUCUUUGUGCAGCUUCUGCUUUCAGACCUGAGUGAGUAUCAGAACAUCCAUGCACGCUUUGUUUGGGUGAUUGCACAAUCUAUUCAGGAUUCAUCUGGCAGAUAUAGCUUUAAUUUGGAACCAGUGUUUGACUUCUGAAUGUAACGGCAACGGUUGAGUUCAGCCAGUUCAAUCAUGGCUUCGUUCCCUCUCCCUUACAGUUCUAUCUUGUAUAUGUUGGUUAUAGAUGAUAUAAAAGAGUUUAUCAUAUGCGCGAGGGGUUACAAUCAACACAAAUAAAAAGCCAUUUAUGAGGCGAGGUGUUUUCUCUCUAGGAGGGCUGUAGAGUUACACAUUUUGUGGUUGACUUUCUGGGCAAAGAUCAGCCAAACCAGUUGUCAAGAUAACACUGCGUAAAAGAGCAGUUAGUUGCAAUAAAACAUCAAUUCCAUUUUCUGUCUAUCAUCACCCGGUUUGGUCGUUGAGGUGAUCUUUAAAGAUUGUACAGUAUUUUUAGGAUUAUAGCUAAUGUGUUAAAUGUAUGGAAGAAGACUAAUGGGGACGGCGUGCACUUUCCGUGAUGUGGACCGUAAUUGGUGUUAAGUGCCUUUUUAAUGUCCAGUGUAGUUGAAGAGGGAAAGGAUGAUUGUAUUUGAUUGAGGCCUGAGUGUCAUUAAUAGUUUCCCAGCUGGACUGAAAAGCCUUAGUUAUUGAAGACCAUAGAACAUAAGAAGCCUUAGCAUUCAAGGCGUUAGUCCUAUUUACCAUCUAGCUGAAGCCCCUCUCCCCAGUGUAUGGAAGACCAUACCUAUGCAUGCAUGGUCUUCUCAUUCACUUCUCACCACAUCAUGCUUUCAGUUUGGGAGGCUCUAAUGCUAAAAUACUUGACUAUCGAAGGGGUUUGAGUUAUACUAAAACAAAUAUUUGUAAAUGAGAAGUGUAGUUUGGCUGCUAUUGCUGUGUGAUUUUCAUUUUGUCUCCACCCUGUGCCGAUUUGUGUCUCACUUUGAAGCUGUGAAGUUCAGGGAAGGCCUAAUGGAGUGUUGAUCUGUGUUUUUGCUUGAGAGCUUGUCGUUUAAUUGCUUUUUCAGGAUUUUGUUUGAAAAAAAUCAACAGCUUUUCUCCUAAUACUUGCAUUUAAGACUGACAUUAUUCAUACACAGGGCUGAUUUGGAUUUUUUAGGACAGACGAAAGUUUCAAAAGACUGUAAGAAGUUAUUUACGAAUGUGAAAUAUUUCCUAUUUUCACUUUUUAAUUUACUUGUUGACAAAAAGUCAAUGUCUAAAAUUAUUCUUAACAAUUCAUAUCUAAUAUUUGUAAUUUGUAGAAUGGGCCCAUGUACCUAAAAUGACUAAAGUACUGGUCUUGUUUUUUUCCCCCCAUAACAUUGACAUUUAAUUACAUUAAAUGUUUAAAAACAAACAUCAGUGAAAAGGCCAUUUGUGCUUGCUUAACUAUACAUAGAACGUAAAUAUAUCAAAUAAACCCUAAUUUUUAUUGUUAAAACGUACUAUACAUGUUCUCUAACACAACUUCUUACUCUCGUUUGUUACAUUCUUGUAACAUUUCCAGCUGAAACGAAAGUCACUCCACUCCACGUCUUCAGUUUAUGAAUAUUUAGGCUUAAUUGUAUAGCAUAUAGAUGCUCCUUUUAGAUUUCCUCCCUGAAAAACCACUUGAUAAGUCGUAAGAAGAAUGCCUUGAAACUGCAAACUACACCAAAAUCCCUCAGUUUUGGCAUAAAACUUAAGCACUGCACUGACCAGCUUCCUUUGCGUUUGUACGCUUCCUCUUAAAAGCUUGUAUAUUACGAGCAGUUUAGAAUUGGAUUCCAUCUGAAUGAUUUCUUAUACCCCGGUGGAAUUAAGCUACAACCCAAAGACGCACGCCUUAUAGCUGUGCCUCUUUUUUUCUUUCUCAUCCUCUGGCUAAAUUUGCAGAAAAAUAUUUGUUGACCGGCCACCAAGCAGUUGCUGCAUUCCUUACGGAAAACAGCAUCACAUGUUGCUGUCUGGUAUCCAAUGCAUGUCCACUGUGUGCUGCUUCUUACUCAGUCCCUUGCACAUCUUCAAGAAAAGUGCCUUAUUAUUCAGUUCCAACUUUGUCCUCGAAAUGAUAGUCAUUACUUUCACACCUGUUUAGGUAGUGUUCUCGGUUUUGUUUGCGCCACGUCACGCCCAGCCUUAACUUUAAAUCUUCUUUUGCCAUCUUGUUUGAAUGAUGCCAAAAUGGUGGACACAUUUGUUAAAUGAAGUGGUCUCUCCCCGAAUCAGUAGCCGUUUCCCAUCUCAAGUCACAUUUCCACCAAUCAGUACGGCUCAGAUCAGGUUGCUUUUCCAGGUUUUCCUCCGAUUAAAUUCACUCUGAAGGCGGGCCUUUCUGUCAACCAAUCAACGCAUGUGUGUCCAACUCCGUCCACCACAAGCAUGCUAACACAGGAUGGUUUAUGUUGGCUUGCUGCAUUUCAAGCCCUGUUUCCACAAAGCGGUACGAUUCGGGUCGGGUUUGUGUUGCUAUGGCGUGGUGUGCACUAGAUGGCGCUAGUUGCAGUAGCUACGUAGUGUGUGUUAAUGAAAUGUAAAAAUGAAGAGAAAACAGUAUUUUGUUGCCAGUCAAUUAAUGCUGAGGCUAGGAGGGGCAUUCUCUAGCAGCCAAUUAAAACAGCAGUGUGUCUAGCUCUGCUUUCUAGCAGCAUUCUAAAGUGUAGCACUCCAGCGCCAUGGAAAUGAAACCCAAUCGUAUUGCUUGGCAAAAACCUGGAAAAACAAGUAUGUGUUUUAAAUAUCCAAAAUCUUACGCUCCCGACACUUUACGUCCAAAAGCUUUCUUUGUGUCCACUGGAGUGCCAUCUAUUUGUUUUGCCUUUUUAAAGCCACAAGUGAGUGUUUUGGCUUCUCCAUGCUAUGUGGAAAUAUAUAUAUUAAAAAAAAAAAGUUAUCUAUCUCUCUCCGUGUAUCUCCUUUGUUUUCCAGUGUUGCCCUAAGUUUGAGCCUGUUCACCCAAUAAAGUUUGUUCAAUGAA